AGCAAUGCUUGUGCUCGCGGAUUACGAGUCCUCCUCCCUCGAGUCCCUCACAUGAUCCGGAGCUGCUGAGGAGCGGAGCAGCGGAGGAGUGGAGGGCGAGCGGACAGACAGCGCCGUACGGUUAUCAGUUUAUCACAGCCUGCGGAGACACCACCGCUUCUACACGAGCCACCAUGUGCCUGCUUUUAACUUGGCUCGGGGUCUUUUUGGCCUUUACGGGCCCCAUUUAUGCCCAAAUCCCGUGGACUCAGGAGAAGCUGUACCACAAGGCAAGCACCCUGAGUUCAAGUGACCUGACUAGUGUUCUGGCCCACACAAACAUCGAUCAUAUGUGGGAGACAGACCUGAAGCCUAUGCUGGUGGUGCGAUACCCAGGCUCUGCAGGAAGCCAGGCAGUGCAGAAGCAAAUUAAAUCUGCCCUGGGUUCACUGAAGGCGGGCUGGGAGGUGACUGAGGAUCAUUUUCAAGGCAACACACCAUACGGACAGAUGCCUUUCACUAACAUCAUCGCCACCCUCAACCCUUCUGCCAAGCGCCAGCUAGUGCUGGCCUGCCACUUCGAUUCCAAAUACUACCCUCCUCAGUGGCACGGCCGCCAGUUUCUGGGGGCCACCGACUCGGCCGUACCUUGCUCCAUGAUCCUAGAGCUGGCCCGAGCACUUGACCAAGAACUGAAAAAAAUAAAGGACUCUGGGUCAGACCUGUCUCUGCAGCUGCUCUUCUUCGAUGGAGAGGAGGCUCUGUUUCAGUGGUCCUCCACUGACUCUCUUUACGGCUCCCGCCACCUGGCCCACAAAAUGGAGAGCAUCGCACAUCCCCAGGGAGCAACUGACACCAACCAGCUAGAUGGCAUUGAUCUGUUUGUUCUAUUGGACCUGAUUGGUGGUCCCAUGCCUCGUUUUGGUAACCAGUUCUCCAACACUGCCAGGUGGCUCUCUAGGCUCCAAAAUAUCGAGCGGCGUCUGCAUGCACUGGGGCUGCUGAAGGAACACCCAAAUGCAGUUCAGUACUUUUGGCCUGGUCUAGCUGUGGGUCCAGUUCAGGAUGACCACAUGCCCUUCCUCAGCAGAGGGGUGCGGGUCCUCCAUCUUAUCCCAACUCCAUUCCCCUCUGUGUGGCAUACUUUUGAUGACAAUGAGGAGAAUUUGGACCGUGCCACGAUUGAGAACCUCAACAAGAUCCUACAAGUGUUUGUGCUGGAGUACCUCAACAGGCAAAGCGAGGAUCUUCUUCCAUAAUGUUGCUGACUUUCUGCCUAAUGCACCACUAUCAAUUACCCCAGAUGUGAAGUUUCCUACCAAAAAGCACCAAUCAACAUGGUCCUACAAGAUUCUUGGUAGUUAUUAAAAUGAGGCUAUAUCUAUACUUGGGAAUCUUAUGUACAGUAUAUUCCAUCAAAAGCAGCUUAUUGUGUAUUUUACUCCGGGACCAAAUAUAAGCUAAAUCAUAGCCCUUCAUGUUUUCAGUGGUGUAUUAUGAGAUUAUUAUAUGUUUUAUAUAUUAUACAAUGUUGAACUAUGUUUAAAAGUCUUUCUAUUAUAUCUUAAGCUAAAUUUGCUUUGAAUAUUAAUUCAAUUUUUGUAUUCUGCUUUGUACAUCAAUGUCAAAUGUCAAACAGUAUAUAUUUUGUUUCAGCCAAAACAUGCUUAAGUCAAGCUAUGUGCAGAAAUUAAAUACAAAACUAUACAUUCUCUUUGUGCCAUGCCUGUAUCUAAACCACAAAGAAAGUAUUUAUUUUUCAUGUACACAUCAGGUUUGCAAAAGGGAAAUUAAAGAUUGUAUGUCAUGAAAAA